CCAACAUCUUAAAUAAGAGGAAACAGAAAAUUAGAAAUCUCCGCACGUGACAGCGUCACUCCGCUAUAUGAGGAAAAAGGCAGCAAGCAUCAGGACCAGUCGGGAGUCAGUCCGUCAGUCAUCAACUAAACCUCAGCAGCGCGCGCGUUCAAGCUCACUCACCGGCUCUCGUUUUUUUUUUUUUUUUUUUUUUUUCGCGUUAAACCAAGAAACACAUGAGUUUGUUCUGCGCUACAGGAGGAGAAAGGGACACGCGUGAGAGGGUGGAAACGCAGGUAAAGUGAGCUUUUAACGGACCUGGAAGGAAAAGGGAACCCCCACCCCCCCUCAAUUCCCUCCCCUUAACCCCUCCACCGUUUUUUCCUCCUCCUCGGACUUCUGCUCUCCUCUGAAGACGCAAGUUUCUCCCACAGAGAGGGAUGCUCCAUGUUCCUGAGCCGCACUUGCACCCAGAGGGAACCUAAAAGUGGACUGGAGCGGAAUUUACACAGAUUCUUUCUGAGAGGUGAAUACAACAUCACGUUAUUUCGUGGAACGGUUUUUUCUUUUCUUUUCUUUUUCUGGGCUACUGUUACGCACCGUUUGCGCGCAUUUUGUUUCUUUUUUUUCUCGUUAACGGAGUGCUUUGGAACAACACGCACCGCAUUUGCGUCCAAGCACAUUAACACACAGAACAGCUCCCUUCUUUCAUCUCCACGAUCAUAGGAAGGUGUUGAUCUCGUUACUCUCUUAUCAACUCCUUUGUUAUUCUCCCAGCAGGACACCAAAACGGACACUUUUUCUCUUUUUUUCUUCUUUUCUUUUCUUUUCUUUUCUUUACUGACCAGAAGGAUCAGGGCAGCUCCAUAAAAUGAUUCCAGCCGGCGACAUGAUGCCGUGUCGCAUCUCGUCUGAUGUUUGACACAUUUGAGGAUCAACUAAAGAAGCUGGAGGAGGACAUUGGAAAGUCAGAGAAUUCAUCCAAACGCCCAGUUGGUGCGUCCCCCCCACCCUAUUUUUUAUAUUUUUUAAAAUAAUUUAAAUCGGGAGUCCGAACAACAGAUCGCCGUCCAGAUGCAGUUUCGACUCUUCUCAUUUGCCCUCAUCGUAUUGAACUGUAUGGAGUACAGCAACUGUCAGGCGCCGUCGCAUCGCUGGAGGAGAAACAAGCGAGAUGGCGUGGAAGGAGACUGGAUGUCACGGUCUGAUCAAUCUUUACAGACAGAAAAAGAAAUAUCUGCAGCUAGCUAUGGACCUUACCCCAUCUGUAAAGGCUGCUCGGUGUGCUCCAGGGAUAACGGCUGUGUAAACUGCCAACCCAAACUCUUCCUGUUUCUACGGCGGGAGAGGAUGAGGCAGUAUGGAGAAUGUCUUCACGACUGUCCAGCCGGAUACUACGGCAUGCGCAGCCCAGAAGUCAACAUGUGCUCCAGGUGCAGGAUAGAUAACUGCGAGUCCUGCUUCAGCAAAGACUUCUGCACCAAGUGCAAAUCAGGUUUCUACCUACACAAAGGGCGCUGCUUUGACAAGUGCCCUGAGGGCUUUGCCCCACUGGAAGACACCAUGGAGUGUGGAGAGGGGUGUGAGGUGGGUCAGUGGAGCGAGUGGGGAGCCUGCACCAGGAGAAACAAAACCUGUGGCUAUAAGUGGGGUCUGGAGACCCGGACGAGGCACAUUGUAAAGAAACCACCCAAGGACACAAUACCCUGUCCCACCAUUGCUGAAUCCAGGAUGUGCAGAAUGGCUAUGAGACACUGCAGAAGAGGGGGUUCAGGGAAGCACCGAUCCAAAGAGCCAAAGAAGAAGAACAAGCAGAGGCUGCGCUUUCGGGCCCAGAACCAGCACAGUGACCACUUGGCCUCUGCGCGAACCAGCCAGUGAGGACAGAAACUACCCAGUGAACAAAACAACCAACACGAAGCUGCUAGCCGCUGCUGCACCCAUAUUCUGACUGACGACUACCAUAACCCCCCCCCACCGCCCUCCCAGCCCUCUCCCCCUGACUUCCACUCUGCCCCCCAAGACACAGCCACGCCUCACAAAUCCGUCACUCCAGAAAUAUGUGCCGUAUAAUGUGUGAUAUCAGUACCAUAAACUCUUGCUCUGCCUCCCGCUGCUUCUCCCUCUGCUGCAGUGACCAGCCAGGUGGCUCUGCUCCCACCCUGCCUACCCCACCCCUUUCCUUGUGGACCUUUCCAGCUGAUAUAAUUGAACUAAUUUCCCAUCAUUAACCAGGUCAUUAACCGUCCAAGGUAAGAGAAGACGGAGGGGAAACCAGAGGUAACGUGGAGGUGGGAAAGCCAGUUGUUAGAGGGCUGUGGAAAGGUGAGGAAGUGAGCUAAACUGCUCUGGGAAGGUAUGAGAAAUGUGCUCUGGGAUAAAGAAACAGAGGAGGCUCAGUUGAAGCAGAUGAUGCUGAUGGACAAGAAAAUGGCAUCUUGAACUAAGAGAGACUGUUCGUUUGUUCCUAUAUUUAUGUCAAAGCUACCCUCACCUUCCCUCUGAACGAAGACGGAGUGUCCCCAUGUGUGGCCUUUAUGUUAUGUACAUUUUUGAGAGUAAUAUUAAAGAAAUUACCAUGCAUAGUUGCAAAGUAUUUUAUUCUCAGCACAAACUGUUUACGUUCAGACCGCUUAAUGCUGUAACUGUAUAGUGUCAAAUUAUUAAAAAAAAGAAUAAAUUUAGUUGUUUGACUAGCAUGGCAACAGACUUGUGUAUAUAGUUGAUCUAAUUAUAAAAGCUUAUUACUGUAUUUUAAGUAUUGACUCGUUUACCGUUCUAAAUGUUUUAGAAACUAAAAAAAAAAAAAAGGUU